AUGGACAGCGAUGACCCUAUUGCCGCGGUCUACAAAAAGAUCGAGCGGGAGAAAGCCCUGAUCGCCGCGGCGAGCAACAUGCGGCAGUCGACCGACAACCCGCUCGUGCAGCAGCGAGUCGACGCGAACAUCCGCGAUGGCUGGAAAAACAUUGCCUAUCUCGAGGAGAAGAUGCAGGAGCUGCAGAUCCGUCGCAUGGAACAGGAUGGUGGCGGCUCGCCUACGGGCCAGCGCCGCGGGCCCGGUGUCGGUGGGAACGCUCCCCCGCCACCCCCGAAGGACUAUCCUGGUGCCGGUGGGAAAUACGGCGAUGGCUAUGGGUACCCUCAGGGAAGCGCGGGCAGUAUGCCUUCUGGCGCGCCGUACUCGGAUCCACGGCCUUACGCUCCUAUCCCCAAGGCGAGGCCGAAUUAUACAAAGUUGGAUUUGAUCAAAUAUGACACGCCCUACCUCGGCCCCAAGAUCCAGCUCAUGCUGUCCCAGCUUGAGUUCAAGCUGAGCGUGGAGAAGCAAUACAAGGCUGGUAUCGAGAAGAUGGUUCGCUUGUAUCAGGACGAGGGCGACAGGAAGAGCCGUGCGGAUGCUGAGGGCCGUCGCAUCGAGAGUAACCAGAAGAUCCAGCUCCUGAAACAGGCCCUCAAGCGAUAUGAGGAUCUUCAUGUCGACAUUGAGUCUUCUGAUACGCCGGAUGAUGAAUCGCUCAGCAGUCCGAACAUGCGCAAGCCGCUAACUGGUCUCUUGACCAUGCGAAUCCAUGCCGUGAAGGAUGUCGACCACGCCGCAAGUUCACGAUUCUCCCGAGGCCCGGAGACCUUUGUCAUCGUCAAGGUGGAAGAUGCGGUCAAGGCCAGAACCAAGGCUAGUCGGAACGAUAAAUGGCUCGACGAGUCAUUUUCGAUCGACAUCGACAAGGCGAACGAGAUCGAGCUUACUGUAUACGACAAGUCUGGAGACCGUCCGACGCCUAUCGGUAUGCUCUGGGUGCGCAUCUCCGACAUCGCAGAGGAGAUGCGUCGCAAGAAGAUCGAGACCGAGUUGGGUGCAUCCGGAUGGGUUUCGGCAGACAAAAUGGAGGGCUCGGGAAUGCCCCGACCUGACUAUUCAGGCUCCACACACGGAGGGCCUCCAGGGCCUCCCGGCUCUGGUGGCCGGCCUGGUACAGCGGGCCAAGGUCAUGGCGAGAUGCCGGGUGCUCCUCCUUCCGUCAUGAUUGAUUCAUGGUUCGCGUUGGAGCCGUUCGGUCGGAUACAGUUGUCUAUGAGCUUCGCCAAACAACUCAAGGAUCGUCGACCCUUCGACAUCGGUCUCAAUCGACAGGGUGCCGUGCGGCAAAAGAAGGAGGAAAUCCACGAGAAACAGGGCCACAAGUUCGUCACUCAACAAUUCUACAACAUCAUGCGCUGUGCGCUGUGUGGAGAUUUCCUCAAAUACGCGGCCGGAAUGCAAUGCGCGGACUGCAAAUACACCUGCCACCGCAAAUGCUACCCCAAGGUUGUCACCAAGUGUAUCAGCAAGGCGAACUAUGAGACCGAUCCGGACGAGGAGAAGAUCAAUCACCGGAUUCCGCACCGCUUCGAAGGUUUCUCCAAUAUCUCCGCCAACUGGUGCUGUCACUGCGGGUACCUGCUACCUUUUGGACGCAAGAACGCUAAACGAUGUAGCGAAUGCGGUCUUACAUGCCACGCCCACUGCACUCACCUUGUGCCUGAUUUCUGCGGCAUGUCCAUGGAGGCUGCUAACCAGAUCCUGGAGACCCUGAUUCGCGCCAAGAAUCAUAACAAGUCUGCAUCUGUCAGUUCAGGUCUUAGUGGCCGUACCCUUCGCCCCGGCGGCCCCCCACAACCCCCUCAAGACAAUAUCUAUCUACCCAAGCCCUCCGAGGGCCACUCCUACGGGGCGAUCCCCAGACAGGCUUCUGCAGAAGCAGUAAGCGCUGCGACUAACUCUUAUAUGACUCCACAGUCACCAUCCACUGCUGCUCAGCGCCCAGGGAUCCCGCCGAAACUGCCCUCUUCGGGUGCUUCUUCCACUGCCGCCCAGGCCGCCUCAGUCGCAACAGGAUUGCGAACACCCCAGCAGACAUCAGCGUUGACUGCUGGAAUCUAG